GAAGCUGGUGCAGAGCUGUUGGUCCCAAACAAAAUCAAAUGAAGGGAUAAAGAGCCAAAAAUAUUAACAACAAACAUGGAGCUCUCUUGUUCUCUCCUCGAUUCCCAUCGACCCUUCCCUCUUCUCUCAUCCCUCUCUCUCACUCUCUCACUCCCAACCAAACCAAGAGCAGCCCAUCUCAUCCCAAAGGCCCAGCUCCCAGAUUCCAAGCCCACCGGCUUCGGCCCAACUUCGGAGCCCAGGAAGAAGAAGAAUCAAGGCGAAGGCAGGGACAAAAUCAUUCGACGCUCUCCUAUCCAAAAACCCUCUCUCUUGCAAGAAGAGCUUCAGCCUUCCGAGGGUCAGCAGCAGCAGAGCCCGAACGAGACUGCUUUCUUGCUCACUUGGUUGGGGCUCGGCCUGUUGAUCUUCGUUGAAGGGAUUUUGCUUGCGGCUUCAGGAUUCUUGCCAGAAGAUUGGGAUAAUUUUUUCGUGAAGUAUCUGUAUCCUUCCUUCACUCCAACUGUUUUCUUGUUUGUGGGUGGCACCGUUGCUUAUGGAGUUGUCAAGUACCUUCAGGGAGAGGAGAUGAAGAGUUAGUUCAACAUGAGACCAUUAUGACCUGAGUCGGCUGGAUCUAUCAGGAUUGUAAAAGAGGUAGUCGAGGAUCCAUCUCAGGAUCUCUUGGAGUCGGUGGCUCAUCUAAUUGCAAACACCACAUUGCUCAAAUUACCUCAGAUUUCUGUGAUCCGAGUGAAGAUCCAAAAGCCUCAUGUACGUAGCAGUUCCCGGACCUCUUGAACAUUUAGGCAUCGAGAUAGUGACAUACAGAAAGAAAGAUAAUGCUGGCUCAGAAGUGAAAUAAUCCGUCUGCAAUAUGUUUUGAGAUUAUUGUAUCUUAAGUGAUGUUUCACUUGUACAUUGUGUCAAUGAUUGUGCUUUUUCUAUCAGAACUCUUGAAUUCUAGCUUGGUGCUAGUUUUAGAUGAGCUCAUUCUUCAGAGCCGCCACAUAUGCCCUUACUUGCAGGAACAUGUAACGUUUCAGGCUUGAAUGUGAAGCACUUCCUCAUUCAUUAUCA